AGGAUGCCCCUGCGGCGGCUGCUUCUGCUGCUGUGGUUGUGGGGACUCCAGAGGGCGGAGACAGACUCUGAGGGGCAGACCACGGGGGAACAGCUGUACCAGCGCUGGGAGCGCUAUGGCCAGGAGUGCCAAAAGAAGUUGGAGACCACAGACCCUCCCUCAGGCCUGGCCUGUAACGGUUCCUUCGAUAUGUAUGCCUGCUGGAACUACACGGCCGUCAACAGCACUGCCCAGGUGUCUUGCCCCUGGUAUCUGCCCUGGUACCAUCAGGUGGCUGCAGGCUUCGUCUUCCGCCAGUGUGGCAGUGAUGGCCAGUGGGGAUCUUGGAGAGACCACACCCAGUGUGAGAAUCCAGAGAAGAAUGGGGCCUUUCAGGACCAGAAGCUGAUCCUGGAGCGCCUGCAGAUCAUGUACACUGUUGGCUACUCCCUGUCCCUGGCCACUCUGCUGCUAGCCCUGCUCAUCUUAAGUUUGUUCAGGCGGCUGCACUGCACUCGUAAUUACAUUCACAUGAACCUGUUCACGUCUUUCAUGCUUCGGGCAGCAGCCAUUCUCACCCGAGAUCAGCUGCUGCCUCCACUGGGUCCCUACCCUGGAGACCAGACCCCUACCCUGUGGAACCAGGCCCUAGCUGCCUGCCGCACGGCCCAGAUCAUGACCCAGUAUUGUGUGGGAGCCAAUUACACCUGGCUGCUGGUGGAGGGUGUGUAUCUGCACCAUCUGCUGGUGAUCGUGGGACGCUCAGAAAAGGGCCACUUCCGCUGCUACCUGCUUCUUGGCUGGGGGGCCCCCGCGCUUUUCGUCAUCCCCUGGGUGAUCGUCAGGUACCUGUACGAGAACACACAGUGCUGGGAGCGCAACGAAGUCAAAGCCAUUUGGUGGAUCAUUCGCACCCCCAUCCUAAUAACCAUCUUGAUCAAUUUCCUCAUCUUCAUCCGCAUCCUUGGCAUUCUUGUUUCAAAGCUGAGGACACGGCAGAUGCGCUGCCCCGACUACCGACUAAGGCUGGCUCGCUCCACGCUGACACUGGUGCCCCUGCUGGGUGUCCACGAGGUGGUGUUUGCGCCUGUGACGGAGGAACAGGUCGAAGGCUCCCUGCGCUUCGCCAAACUCGCCUUUGAAAUCUUCCUAAGUUCCUUCCAGGGUUUCCUGGUGAGCGUGCUCUACUGCUUCAUCAACAAAGAGGUGCAGUCGGAGAUCCGCCAGGGUUGGCGCCACCGCCGCCUGCAUCUCAGCCUUCAAGAGCAGCGUCCACGUCCGCACCAGGAAGUCACCCCCCGGGCUGUGCCUUUGAGCUCUGCGUGCGGAGAAGCUGCCAUUGGCAACGCCUUGCCUUCUGGGAGGCUGCAUGUGCCUGGAGAUGAGGUCUUGGAAAGUUACUGCUAGGUAAAGAGACCCCUGUGUCUGUACCGUUAGCAUGUAUUCAGAACCUACUGUGUACCAGCCCCCCCCCCCCCAGUGGAACCGGAAGACAAGGUCCCCACGUGUACAUAUCUGUGGAGGAAUCAUUUAUGAAAAGA